UGCAUUAGCUUUGAAAUUGAUGACUUAUGAACCGACUGGUGCGGUAGUUGCAUCUCCUACUUUCGGUCUUCCUGAAGCUAUUGGGGGUACUCGUAAUUGGGAUUACCGAUAUACCUGGGUGAGAGAUUCGGCAUUUACCUUUUAUGCUCUCAUGAGAAUAGGCUUGACCGAAGAAGCGAAGAGCUAUAUGGAGUUUAUGUACAAGCGAUGCCAAGAUCUGAAUGAAGAUGGUUCGCUGAACAUAAUGUACAGCAUCGAUGGAGAUAAGGAAUUGCCCGAGAUUGAGUUAAAUCACCUCGAGGGAUAUCGCGGGUCCCGUCCAGUGCGUAUUGGCAAUAGCGCUCACAAUCAUAUUCAACUUGAUAUCUAUGGAGAGUUGUUGGAUGCAAUUUAUCUAUACAAUAAAUAUGGCAAUCCUGUUUCAUAUGACAUGUGGUGUAUUGUUAGCCGUUUAACCAACUAUGUUGUGAAUAACUGGAGGAGAGUUGAUAUGGGUAUCUGGGAAAUCAGGGGAAAGCAACAGCAUUUCACAUUUUCAAAGAUAAUGUGUUGGGUGGCUGUUGAUCGAGGACUUCGUUUAUCGGAAAAACGAAUGUUUCCAUGUCCGGACAGGAACAAAUGGUUGGAGACUCGAAACGAAAUAUACGAAGAGGUUAUGACACGCGCAUGGAAUCCUGAACUAAGAAUGUUCUCUCAGUCGUAUGAAUCGCCGAGUGUACUGGAUUCAUCAUUAUUAAUUAUGCCAUUGGUAUUUUUUAUAAGUCCGACUGAUCCAAGAUUCUUAGACACUAUGAACCGAAUAUUACGUUCACCUGGAAAGGGCGGUCUAACAGCAAAUAAUUUUGUAUACAGAUAUAAUACUCUUGUUGUUGAAGACGGCAUCGGAGGACAAGAAGGUUCGUUCUCGAUGUGCACAUUCUGGCUAAUUGAAGCUCUUACUCGUGCUGGCCGAUUUGACAAAGACAAGCUUGGACGCGCUGAAGUCAUAUUCGAGAAAAUGAUUGGAUUUGUUAACCAUCUUGGAUUGUAUUCCGAGGAAAUUGCACAAUCGGGCGAGUUCUUAGGAAACUUUCCACAGGCAUUUACGCAUAUUGCAUUUAUUAGUGGUAAGUCAGACCGCGUUCAACCUGGAUCGUGUUCUGAAUGA